UUUUCUGUUUUUUGAAAUAUUCCGAUAAAAUAAUAAAAAAUGGCGUGCUGUUGUCUCUUGGUGUUUGUUCCCAUUUUGUAUUUUUUGCUGGACAUUAAUUAUUUCCUCCGACUAUUAUUCACGCUCUCUACGUCCAAGUUUUUCCAAAAAAAGGCUAAAAUAAUGGACGAAACUACGAUCUACGGUAUGUGUAUCCCUCAAGACUUGGAUGCCAUAUUAUCAAAUAUGAGUAAUUCAAGAUAUUUACGUGAAAUAGAUUUUUCUCGUUUCCAUUAUCUUAUACAAACCGAAUUGUUUUCUGCUAUGAGAAAAAUGGAUGUAACAGCAGUUCUCGGUGGAUCGAACGCGAGAUAUCGACGACCGAUUCCUUUUCUCAUGAUGUAUAAAGUCACGACUAAGUUGAUUUAUUGGGACGAAAAAUCAUUCUAUUUCGAGCAUAAGUUCAUAAAUCUUCGAAAUAAUUUCAUUCAUACGGUCAUUCUCUCUAAGCAGACAACGAUAGGCAUGAAGAUGCCAAUUAAUGAGUUUCUACAAAAAUUUGAACCUGAAAUUCGUUUACCUGAGUUACAAGAAGAUCUCCGAUUAUGGAUGGAAUCAAUGGAAUAUUCUUCUCAAAAACUAAGAAAAAAGGAUUAGAGAAAUUUCUUUCUUUUUUUUUCCUUUUCUUAAACUUUUUACAAAGUUUUUUAUAGAUUAUAUAUAUAUUCUAUUUUCUUAUUAACAUAUCUAUUUAUUUUUAAUUAAACAUAUUUUCUUUAUCAAGUGUCUCUUUAUUAAUCAAUAAACUUUUCCCCCAAUGUAAGAAAAAAACAAAUGUGUUUUAUC